CAUAAUUUCGUUUAGUAUCACUGUGUGCUAUUUGACUUGUCGAGAGUGAAUUUGUGCCGGCUAUAUUUAAAAGUUUCACCGGUCCAGUGGCGAUUACUUGGGGCAUAAUGUUAGCCUUUUCUUUUCUCGUAACCCUGGUCACGUUGCUAAUUUUGGAAAUUCAAGGUGCUAGCAAGUUCAAAAAUGAAGAUAGCUUGGUGUUAGUGCAUGUGCUUUUCAGACAUGGCAAUAGAACAGCUCAUGGAAAAUCGGAAUUGUACCCAAAAGAUCCUUACUACAACAAAACUUAUUUCCCCAUUGGUUUAGGGCAACUGACUAGAGCUGGAAAAUUAAAAGAAUACAGUAUAGGCACCCAACUUAGAAAACGCUACAACGACUUUUUGGGCCAAGAAAUCUACCCACAACUGGUGGACGCCAGAUCUACCGAAUACAACAGAACAAAAGCUUCGCUGCUUCUAUGCCUAGCCGGGCUUUUUCCACCAACUACUAUGGAUUUAUUUGAGAACUCUUUAAGUUUGCAAGCCAUACCAACGAACUAUUGGCCGAUAAACAGUGACCCUGAGCUAGCAGGCUAUAGAUGCCCAAAUUAUAUUAAAAUGUACGACGAUAAUAAGUAUAAACCAAACAACCAAAAACUUUACGACGACCACCGUGAUAUUUUCCAGUACAUAUCGGAUAACUCUGGCCUUAACAUCACCAGUUUUGAACAGAUAUACCAUCUAUAUUUUGGAAUUUCCACAGAGAUAGAAUUCGGUUUGGACCAGCCCCAAUGGAUCAAAAACAUCUGGCCACAUCCCAUCGUGGACCUCAGUGUUAAGCAGUACUACGUCGCGACAGAUACAGUGGACAUGAAAAGGAUUCUGACAGGACAUCUGCUGAAAAAAAUCGUUGACGACUCGAUGGUUAAAAUUAAUGAAGAUCCCGAUGAAGAGUUUAAAACGAAGAUGUAUCUGUACUCUGGACAUGAGGAUAAUAUAGCCAAUUUCCUUAUAACACUGAAUGUUUUUGAUGAUAAGAUCCCGAACUAUGGGUCGUAUGUUUUGGUGGAAUUGCAUAAAAUAGACAAUGAAUUCGGUUUGAAGUUUUUCUAUCAUAACUACGAAACUGGCAACCCUGUUGCUCUGAACUUGCCAUCAUGUGGAGGAUUCUGCACCUUGAAAAACUUUAUUUCCCUUUACAAAGUGUAUUUUCCUUUGGAAAACUCCUGUAGAAACAGCACAAAAUAAAUAAAUUU